AUGCCCAUGACUCCCGCUGUUGCUCGGACACCUUGGAGAUGACCCGCGCCCACUAGCAUGCCUGGAUGGUUCAAAAAGGCGUGGUAUGGGCUGGCAUCUGUGCUCAGCUGCUCCUCCUUCCUCCUGAUCAUCGUGGCCCUGGCCGUGCCCCACUGGCUGAGUGGGAAGAUCCUUUGUCAGACUGGAGUGGACCUGGUCAACGCCACAGAUCCAGAGCUGGUUAAAUUCAUUGGAGACAUUUACUACGGGCUCUUCCGAGGGUGUAAGGUGCGGCAGUGCGGGCUCGGGGGACGCCAGUCCCAGUUCACCAUCUUCCCACACCUGGUGAAAGAACUCAACACGGGCCUCCACGUGACGAUUCUGCUGCUGCUCUUCCUGGCCUUGGCUCUGGCUCUGGUCAGCAUGGGCUUUGCCAUUCUGAACAUGAUUCAGGUCCCCUACCGGGCAGUGAAUGGCCCAGGGGGCAUCUGCCUGUGGAACGUCCUGGCAGGUGGAGUCGUGGCCUUGGCCAUCGUCAGCUUCAUGGCCGAGGUGAAAUUUCACGACCUGACGGAGCGAAUCGCCAACUUUCAGGAGCGGCUCUUUCAGUUCGUGGUGGUGGAGGAACAGUACGAAGAGUCCUUUUGGAUCUGCGUGGCUAGUGCUUCAGCCCACGCUGCAAACCUGGUCGUGGUGGCCAUCAGUCAAAUUCCCCUCCCUAAGAUCACGACCAAAAUUGAAGAGGCCACAGUCACGGCCGAGGACAUCUUAUAUUAACAGCCUUCUUCUG